GUAUUUGUGGACGAUUUUAGACUCUUGCGGUUACAAUAUCAUGUAGUCGUACAUUUGUCGUUAAGUCGAUAACACAUUUUAUGGUUUAGUAUACUACUUCUGCCUUCAGCGCGAUUGUACGAAAGCUGUAAAGCAAUAUUCCCAAUAUUUCGGGGAGGUUUUUCAACUGCAUCAAGAUUCUAAGCUACGUUAACACAUGAUGACACAGGACCAGAAAAUUUGACCGUCCAUCGAAUUCAUCUGGUUCAGGUGUUCACGCGGUGAAAAUGGAAAAACAUUUGACCCGGUUCUACAUGUUCAUACGAGAAAACCGUACAAAUUUGAGCACGUUCCAAAAUUCGCCCGGUUCCUUGUGAACGUAGCUUGAAUGUAGUUAGGUACAUCCAUAACACUACCCACACGUAAACCGGAAGUUCAGGAUGCCUCAUCCUGAAUACGAGGUUGGCUUGUUCAACAAACGUUUAAUCAACCUUAAUCAACCUUGAGUCUGCUAUAAGUUACUUUAUAAGGUUGCAGCCCAGUGUUCGAACUUCGAAAUUGCAUUAAUAUCCCUAAUUAGUAAUUAUCCAUGGUAUUGUGAUAUCAUCAGAUAUCGUAAUUUUCGCCAGUCUCCAUUCCCCUUGACGGCCCCGGUAAGGUCAUCUAUAAAUGGGUACUAUUGGUCAUUGGUACUGUUUGUAUACAAACAUUGGGUUUGCGGCUUAUAAAUCCAAGUACAUUUACACUGCUAGUAACGCGAGGAAAAAUUUGCAGUGUUGACGAAGUUACGCUUACAUAGGACCUAUUUAGUUUUAGUUUGGUUAUUCGGCCGUUGACAGCAUGCCACUAUUUGGAAAGUCAAAUUUCGACGAGAAAAUCACAAAGUUUUACGAUUUAAAAGAAGUUCUUGGCACAGGAGCGUUUUCAGAAGUUGUAAGAGGUGUAGAAAAAUCAAGCGGAAAAGCUUAUGCUAUUAAAUGCAUUGCGAAGAAACAGCUGAAAGGCAAAGAAGAUAGCAUUGGAAAUGAAAUAAGUAUUCUGAAAAAAGUUAACCACAAACACAUAAUUGGAAUGAAAGAGUUAUAUGACAAUAAAACACACCUCUAUCUAGUUAUGGAUCUUGUCACAGGAGGGGAACUGUUUGACCGUAUAGUUGAAUGUGGGAGUUAUACUGAAAAAGAUGCUAGUGAUGCUCUGAAGUGUAUAUUAGAAGCUUGUGCUUAUUUACAUGAUACCUUGGGUGUUGUUCAUAGGGAUUUAAAGCCUGAAAAUUUGCUCUAUGAAACGGAAGAUGAAGAUGCAAGAUUAAUGAUCAGUGAUUUUGGGUUAUCUAAAGGCACAGAAGAUGGUGUAAUGGACACUGCUUGUGGGACACCAGGAUAUGUUGCUCCUGAAGUCUUGAAACAGCAACCAUAUGGACCACCAGUGGAUUGUUGGUCAAUUGGUGUUAUAGCAUACAUUUUGUUGUGUGGCUAUCCUCCAUUCUAUGAUGAAGAUGAUUCUACAUUAUUUGCACAGAUAAUGAGAGCAGAAUAUGAAUUUGAUGCACCUUACUGGGAUGAUAUCUCACCAUCAGCAAAAGAUUUAGUUGGCCACCUUAUGGAACCAGAUCCUGAGAAACGAUUCACCUGCAGCGAAGCUUUAGUGCAUCCAUGGAUAUCAGGGGGAACAGCGUCAAGUAGAGAUAUCCAUGUAUCUGUUAGUGAACAAAUGAAAAAAUCUUUUGCCAAAAACAGAUGGAAGCAAGCAUUCAAUGCAACGACUGCCAUCAACAGAAUGAAACUGCUUGGCAUAAAGUAACAAUCAACUAUCGAAAAUUUAGAACUUAAUCAAGAAACAUUUUACUCAUUUAAUAUUCGUUUUCACGCUGCGGUAUACUGUAUAGGAUCGGUCGCGUUGAUAAUGAGUUGAGGUUUGUUUUUCAAUUAUAAUCAGCACGUCAACGUGGUUUUGUUGGCAUUUCUGCGUGCUGACGUGGCUAGCAAAGAUAUUCUAGGGGCGUACUCUUGGAAUAGGAUGUAAUGACUGACUCAGUGGAUGUAAUCAUGUAAUAUACGCCAUAUUUAUGGUUUAUCAUUAUUAAUAG